UUUGCCAAUUUCAAACAGAAAAAAUAUGUACUAAUCAGUCUAAAUUAUAUGAAAACAUAAAAAUGGCUAAUUCUGUAAACAUAUCCAUUGAGGCUCCUAUUGAAAAUCAAAUACAAGAAAUAACUUACGAUGGCCAAGAAAUAUAUCAGGCACCACUAUCAAUGUCAGAAAACUUAGCCAGAUUAGCACAAAAGAUUGAUUUUUCGAAAUCAGAAGAUGAGUUUUGUAAUAUUAAAAAAGAAGGUGAGUGUAGUUUGGAGUCAAAAUCUGAGGAUGAUAAUAAGGAACAGGGGUAUCAAUCCAGCUUGUGGCCGUGGGAUUCUGUGAGAAACAAAUUGAAGAAUGCACUCACUGAAGUCAGUGUACUUGCUGAUGUAUUGAGUAUAGCAAAAGAGAAGAGAUACAUGGUCUUAGAUCCAAUACAAGCAGAGCCAGUUGACAGUCGUCCCAUGGUGCAAGUGUAUGGUCGGAAGAAGGCACUGAGUGCAGCAGGGGCUGUUCUCCUCGCCGGAGUAGAAAGACUUCGUGCCAGUGAGACUAUGAGGAUGACUCGGAAUAUGCCUGACUUCCAUAUUGAUUUGUUACGACUCAGACAGAAUUGGAGACUGAAGAAAGUAUCCAAUACUAUAGUAGGAGACUUGAGUUAUAGAACUGCAGGCUCUAAAUUUAGUCAGACUGGAGUUUUUGAAGUUACAAAAGCUCCUGAGGAACAGAUAGCUCAAGCUAUGAGUAUGAAUGCAUCCGGUCCUGCACCUUCCGCAUUGAGAGUCACCGUCCCUCCGGAAUUACAAGGAGUGGCUUUUAUCUCUGUACUAUGCCAGAAAGAGCAAGAAGAUGUAGUGACAGCUACACUCAGUUCAUCCGCACUGAACUGUCCGGGUACACUCCCUGGAGAUGGAGCUGAGUUGCAUUGGCAGCAGAAGUUGGAGGCCGCACAAAAUGUACUGUUCUGCAAAGAACUGUUUGCUAGACUUGCAGCUGAAGCUGUACAAUUAGAUGCAUCCAUACCACACAUGGUUGUUGGCAAUCAGAUCAUGGCUACCGUUCUUCCCGGAAUUCAGUUGUUGAUUGGCCUGUGUCAUAAUAAUGGUCAAAAUAACAAUAACCCGGAUGGAAUAAAGAGUGAAGGUUCCAGUGGCAAGUCUGAACAUGAUCAUGUGCUGGAGCACUCGCUGCACCAGCUGCUGCGGGCUGUGCACCAUAACAACACACAUCAUCCAUUCCCACACCCUGCUACUGGACCACUAGGGCCUUCAAAGAGGCGCUCUCUGGCAGGACCAAUGGCUGCUGAUCGAUAUGAACUGCUGGAUAUGAGCAAGGAACAGUCGCUGCUGGAGCAAAUAAUACAGCAAGCGCAGCACUUCUUUAUGCGCAGGCGCAGUGAAUAUGUUCUAGACACUAUUGCUAAAGAGGUGAAGGAUCCCUUGAUUGUGUCACAUUGGAACGCACUGAACAGCCCAACACAGUCAUGUGUCAAAAUUAACAUCAUGGCCUUUGGUUAUGACGCGGUGUGUCGCACCUCGCUUGUGGUACACGUGGGAGAGAAGACGCUGAAGUGCAUCUGCCGCGAUGGCCGCGUUAGACAUCUAUCCUAUGAGCUUCAGGAGCUACGGGAUCUCAUCUACUGCCAGAUCUAUCAGCACCAGAUGAUGGCGGUGCAGGCGGUGGGCCGCUGCAUGGGCUGGCAGCUGCUGGCUUCCAGUGCACACCUCGGCUCAGGGCCUGUCGAGCCCCUCGGGAAUGCUUCAUCAUGUCUACUCGCAUCGCCCAACGGUGAUAGGAUGAUUGCAAUAAGAUGUGAACCAUCAGUUGGUAUCCAAGUGUAUAUAGCACAAUCACCUAGAAAAGAUUUCUUUGCAAGUGAACUAGUGCAAGAUAAAAAAUGGGAGAACCUCGGUGGUGCAUUCAAAGAGAUCAAAUUAGAAAAAAUGGAGGGCAAAAACUUUCUCAACAAAAUGGAACUUUUAAUGGCCUGCCUUAGCAGUCCCUCAUAAUUUAUUAACAUAUUUUUUUAAAAAUAAUUUUAAGAAUAAAACCAUUUCAAGCAUAUCGUAUGUUUCAUUUAUUACAUGUAAAAGUCUUAAUGUGUAAGUGCUUAGGUAAUUGUAGUUUAUUAUUUAUUGAUGAUUGUUCUUGCUUAAUUAUUCUCAUGUCAAUGUAGACUUGAGAU